AUGGCAACUCAAGAUAUCCCGGGGGUUGAAAAGCCACCCAAGAAGCAGAUUCUGCUGAAUGCCUUUGACAUGUCAACAGUCGGCCAUCUCUCGGUCGGACAUUGGAAAAACCCGACUGAUAGGUCAGCGACGAAGCGCAAGUUGACUUACUGGGUCGAGCUGGCAAAACUUCUUGAAAGGGGAGGGAUCAGUGGCCUCUUCCUUGCGGAUACAAACGGAGGAUUUGACAUUUAUGGCGGAACGGUGGAGGAAAGCAUCAGAAAGGCUGUCCAGUGGCCGGUUACGGACCCAUCUAUACCGAUUACUGCCAUGGCGGCGGUGACGAAGAAUCUGACAUUCGGCAUCACGGCGUCAACAUCUUUCGAAACCCCCUUUGUUCUGGCAAAGAGGUUUUCAACCUUGGAUCAUAUGACGGAUGGGCGUAUUGGGUGGAACAUCGUCACAUCGUGGAAGAAGUCUGCAUUCAACGCCAUUGGCAUUGAUCCUAUCGAGCAUGACCAGAGAUAUGCGCAGGCUGACGAGUAUAUGAGAACACUGUACAAGCUAUGGGAAGGGUCGUGGGCCGAUGAUGCGCUGCAACCUGAUCCGACGACAGACACUUAUAUCGACCCAUCCAAAGUCCGCCAUAUUAAUCAUCAGGGCAAGUACUACAAGUUAUCCACACGACACAUCGUGGACCCCUCUCCGCAGCGGACCCCGUUCCUGUUCCAGGCGGGCGCAUCAGCAGAAGGAAUCGACUUCGCAGCCACGCAUGCAGAGGGCAUCUUUGUGUCUUCGCCAUCACCCGAGCUGCUUAAGAUUCAGAUUGAGAAGAACCGCAAGAUUGCAGCCGAGAAGGGACGCGACCCAGACUCUUUAAAAUUCUACCUCUCCUUCACUCCUAUUCUGGGCAAGACGGAUCAAGAAGCCCAGGAAAAGUAUCAGGAGCUUCGGAAGCACGCGAGCCCCGUUGGCGGCUUGGUUCUUUUCAGCGGAUGGACCCGUAUCGACAUGUCGAAGUACUCGCUCGAUGAGGAUAUCAGCAAGAUAGACUCUGAUGAGGGCAGGAAGCUGUGCAACAUGUUCAAACCCACAAACGAGACACCCAUCUGGACACCUCGUCUCAUUGGCAUAAAAGCUGCAAUGAGCCAAAUCUCACCGUCUGCUGUUGGGUCUCCAGCAACUGUGGCGGAUAUAAUGGAGAAUUGGAUCAAUGUCGCUGACGUAGAUGGCUUCAACCUCGGAUACGUCACAUCGCCUGGAUCCUUUGAGGAUGUCGUCGACUUGCUUGUUCCGGAGCUUCGGAGGCGUGGUAUUUACCCAGAGGCAGUUGAGCCUGGGUUGGCGGCACGGGAGAGGGUCUAUGGAAAGGGCCAAGCUCGAUUGCGGGAUGACCAUAUUGGGAGCAAGUACAAGUAUGAGGUAUAUAAGGAGGAGGAGCCAUUCGUUGCGGAUGAUCGGUCAUGA